GAUACAUGAAAGGGAAAGGUCAGAAGUUCCCCUCCUUUUGUGAAGGCAUAAAAGUGGGGAGGUUGUGAGUUUCUGUGGCAUUCAUAGUGGUGGUUAUUGAAUAGAAUAGAGAGAAAAAGUGGGGGUGAGGGUGUAGAUGGAGGAGGGAAAGUCCUGAAUAAAAGUCUUUCCCCUCCUCUGCAUAUUUAUGGAUGUGCCAAACACUUCUUAAUAAGUUGUGCACACUUUGAAAGCUUGUCAUUCCCUAAAAAGGCUGGCAGAUAAACUAUGUGUGUGUGUUUUUCUAAAAAACAUACACUUCCGCAGCCGUGCAUUGUGUUUCUGCGGAUUUAUGUCGAGAACCAGUAGGUUUUGUCCCCUCUUUCUUUCCACACUCAUUUGUCCCUGGAGUGCGAUGUGUCUCGAUCUCUCACCCGAAGGGCCAGUUUAGUACUUGGAACCUCACAAACCACACCUGAGGGGGACAGCUCCUGUGAUUUCCCUGGAAUUAUCUAACCAAAAUUAUAUUGGCUGCCCAGAUUCACUGUUCUGGAAGUCGGGAUGGGACUUUGUGUGAAUGGUGCUGUGCCUGGCGAGGCAACAAAGAAGGAUGAAAAUUUGAAAAGAGGAAACUGGGGAAAUCAAAUUGAAUUUGUAUUGACCAGCGUGGGAUAUGCUGUAGGCCUGGGCAAUGUCUGGAGAUUCCCUUACCUCUGCUACAGGAAUGGAGGAGGAGCAUUUAUGUUUCCUUACUUUAUCAUGCUUGUGUUCUGUGGGAUUCCACUCUUCUUUAUGGAACUCUCAUUUGGGCAGUUCGCCAGUCAGGGAUGCCUUGGGGUGUGGCGAGUCAGCCCCAUAUUUAAAGGUGUAGGUUACGGAAUGAUGGUUGUCUCCACAUAUAUUGGUAUUUAUUACAAUGUGGUUAUUUGUAUCGCCUUCUACUACUUCUUUGCAUCUAUGAACCGUGUUCUCCCCUGGACCUACUGCAAUAACCUAUGGAACACAGAUAACUGUGCAGGUGUUCUGAGUCCCAACUCUAGUGUCUCCUUUAACCUCAGCUCCCAGCAAAGUCUACUUAACCUCACACUGGGAUUAAACCAGACACUGAAGAGGACAAGUCCCAGUGAAGAAUAUUGGAGACGACAUGUCUUGAAGAUUUCAGAAGACAUUGGUGAUUUUGGUGAAGUACGGUUACCACUCCUAGGAUGCCUUGGUGUAUCAUGGCUGGUUGUCUUUCUAUGCUUAAUUAGAGGUGUAAAGUCCUCUGGCAAGGUAGUUUAUUUUACGGCCACAUUCCCAUAUGUUGUUCUCACCAUCCUGUUCAUUCGUGGUAUCACUCUGGAUGGAGCUAUUAAUGGAAUUCUGUAUUACCUCACUCCUCAAUGGGACAAGAUUUUGCAUGCCAAGGUUUGGGGUGAUGCAGCAUCCCAGAUCUUCUACUCAUUAGGGUGUGCAUGGGGAGGUCUUAUUACUAUGGCUUCUUAUAACAAGUUUCACAACAACUGUUACAGAGACAGCAUUAUUAUAAGCAUUACCAACUGUGCGACUAGCGUCUAUGCUGGCUUUGUCAUCUUCUCCAUUUUGGGGUUCAUGGCAACUCACUUGGGAGUGGAUGUGUCUGAAGUUGCCGACCAUGGUCCUGGCUUAGCAUUUGUUGCAUACCCAGAGGCAUUGACCCUGCUCCCAAUCUCACCUCUGUGGUCCAUCCUCUUUUUCUUCAUGCUUAUUUUGCUUGGGCUGGGUACUCAGUUUUGUCUGCUUGAGACACUGGUCACAGCAGUUGUGGAUGAAAUUGGCAAUGACUGGAUCAUUCGCUGGAAAACCUUGGUAACACUGGGUGUAGCGAUCAUUGGGUUCCUUCUUGGUAUCCCUCUCACUACACAGGCUGGCAUAUACUGGCUCCUGCUUAUGGAUAAUUAUGCUGCUAGUUUCUCCCUGGUCAUCAUAUCAUGUAUUAUGUGCAUAGCAGUAAUGUACAUUUAUGGUCACAGGAAAUAUUUUAAGGACAUUGAGAUGAUGUUGGGUUUCCCUCCUCCCUUGUUCUUUCAGAUCUGCUGGAGGUUCAUCUCCCCGGGAAUAAUAUUUUUCAUUCUGAUCUUCACUGUAAUCCAAUACCGUCCAAUACAGUACAACGAUUACCUCUACCCAGACUGGGCUAUCACUAUUGGCUUUCUGAUGGCCUUAUCUUCAGUCAUAUGUAUCCCACUUUAUGCUAUUUUUAAGAUCUGGUGCUCAGAGGGGGAUACAUUCCUUCAGAGACUAAAGAAUGCAGUAAAGCCCAGCAAGGAUUGGGGCCCUGCUCUACAAGAACACCGGACAGGCCGAUAUGCUCAAAUGUCCAGUACAAGAAGUGAGAGUAAUCCAGAAGCUCAACCACUGAAUCCAGAAAAGAUGAAGGAAGAUCUCAGCCUAACAAUACAAGGCAGCAAUGGCCAGGCCCACACCCAGGACUCUAAAGUGUAAUGAGCUCCAUCAGGCAAGGGGAAAGCCGAGAGCACUGGCAAUGGUAUGGAUGAGAACUACCCCUUACCCACUCACCCAUCUCAUAUUCAUCCAGACCAGUCAUACCCUCUGUUGUCCCACAUUUUCACCCCAUCAUCCCAGAGAAUUCAACAGUAUGCUACAGAAACUAUAACAACACUCCUAUUCACAUGGAGAAAAAAAAAACCUACAACCCUUCAGCUGCUGAGCCGAGGAUUCCCAGUGUGGGACCAUCCUGUUCCUUCUCCCUCUGGAUCAAAUGAACACAGUUUAUCGUGUGGAAUUUUGUCUAUACGUCUCUUAAGAUAGGGCAACAGGGAGAAAGGAGAGAUGAAGUCAUCUCAAAACACAAUAAUUUUAACUCACUUAUGGAAGUUUAGUUUACAUGGAUUUUAUUUUUUAGAUGUUUUUAAAACCUCAUUUUGUUUUUCCAUUGUUCCGCCGUAGAGGUCUGGUUGUGACAGAAAUGGCCUCCACUAUCUUCCGUUGCCAGUCAUGGACUGGAUGCUGAGGCAAGACAAUGUUUCAGCAGUACCUGAAGCAUUAGAACAUUUUACUGUGCCAAGGAAUAAAGCAAAGUGCAAGCAUCACGUUUCCUGUUACUUGAGCAGUACAGCAGGAAGCAAAGGGGCUUCCCUGAGAAAUUAAGGAAUCUGUCCACUUGCCUACUUGCUGCAUCCAAACACAUCCACUUAUUGGGUGACUGACUUAUGUAAUUCUCAUGCCCUGCUGCCUGGAAUAACCCUAACGCUGUGUGUCUUUGGAAAUUCUCUUGUACCACAGAAGGAAUAGCAUUCCAGAAUAAGCUUUGUUCAACCCUUUGAACACCUCCUGUGGAUCAGUUUCUAACUCUCGCUACAAGCUUUUUUUUUUUUUUUUUUUUUUUUUUUUUUAAUUCUGUGAUAAUUCAAUUUUAACAACACUGCAUUUAAUUUUCUUAUAGCGCCUUUUCUUCAAAUUCAGUAUAGGUUCACCAGUUUAACCAGCUGAUAUAUGGUAAAGCACCUGUGUGCUCUUCUCUGUGGGUCACAGACUAUACAUUUAAGUACCAUAUUGCUAAAACCAUUGUCUAUAAAGCUGCCAAUUUGGUCUUUAAGUAUAUUAGUAAAGGAUGGUUCCAUGUACAUGUAGAUAGGGGUCAGUUUAUAAUCCACAUAUUAGAAGAUAAUGUAAAAAAAAAAAAAAAAAAGCACCCGGUGAUCUGCAAGGCGUUCAGGUAGAAGAUAGGAUUAAAUCUGAAAUAUAAGGAUCUUCAGCAAGAGUAUGUACAAUUGGUUUUGCACACACAGUGUCUAUUGUAAAUACACCAA